AUGGAUUCCAGCCCUGUCAAUUGGGAGGCCUUGGAUUCUCUGGUCAUGGACUUCGCCAAAUCCGAUAACCUAGUUGAAGAUCUCCCGUCCUCCCCUGCCUCCCCGUCCUCCUCCUCGACUGCCUCUUCCUCCUCGUCCUCCUCCUACCGGUUGCGUCUCCUUGUCCGCCAGAUCCGGUGGUCCCUCGAAACGGGCAACAUCGAUAGGACCAUCGAUCUUCUCCGUCAACAUGCUCCUGCAGUCCUCGAGGACCAUCGCCUCCUGUUCCGUCUCCAGAAACAGGUGAUCGAAUUCUGUCCUCUAUAUUUAUAUCCUUCAUUUGUCGAUCCUCUCUUUCUCUGAACUGGUACGCUGGCGAUUUCAGAUGCUUAUUGUUUUCCAUUUCGCUUUAGAAAUUCAUCGAGCUUCUGAGGAAAGGGACAGCUGGCGCUCGUCAAUCUGCGAUUGAGUGUUUGCGGAAGGCACUCGCUCCGUGCGCUCUUGACGCUUACCCGGUAGGUUGUUUGCUACGCUCUUCUCUCAAGAUGAAAAUAAAUGAACUUGCUUUUGGUUUAGAUAAGUCAUCUUUUAAAAAUUUUACGCUUAUGCCCGGUUUUUAAUAGGUAAUUUCCAUUGCCUGCAGGUUAGAGCUGCUGCCUUGUAAUGAUAACAUUCUAGUUUUAGGCUUCAUGUUUUGAGCAUGCAAAAUAUCCUUUAGCUUGUUCGUAUCUUUAUUUGCGGAGGAGAUUUGUACAUAUUUCAUAGACUUUCAGGAGACGAGGUGCACGCACUUUAUUUCCAAAUAACUUUUCUUUCCUGAUUUUUUUGUUAGGUUUUUUGUUGACAGAAUAGUUCUAAGAUUUUUAGCGAAUAACGUCCAACUUUAUGGAGGGAAAAUAAUUUAAGCAUAAAUUAAGCUUAUACGAUCAUAUCCCUAACGUCAAUUUAAUGAGGUACACUGACCAAAGUGGAGGGGGGCUUAAUAAAUAUGUUAACUUCUGUUUUGACUUACUGUUCUUCAAGAUAUCCCCUUUAUCAUAUUAUCUCAUUGUUGUGUCUUAUUUGUGUGAGUUGAAUGGUUACAUUUCACAACAUGUCCGAAGCUUUUGCCAGACAUUGAAAAGUAGUCUAUAUAGGACUUGUUAUUCGCCCAUCAGUGUGAAAGACCUGAUGUGUGACAGCUGUUUACACUCUGUCUAUUCGCUCACAUAUGAUAGUUUUCUUUAUUACUGAAUUUUCAUGUGUGAAAGCUGUUUACACUCUGUAUAUAUUUGAUUUCAAAGCCCUGGUUUUUUUCGCUUGUAUCUAAGUAAAAUAUUUAAUGGAAUCAUCAAUAGUUGCUAUUAUCAUGCUUGCUUAUGAUGCAAACCGGAAAUCUCAGGGUUCUUUCUUUCUCGUAGAUAUUUUCAAGUAUAAGGUUAUUUUUUCAUGAAGUACUUCAUGAAGUUUCCCUCAAUCAUUUUUAGUCUCUUUUCUUUUCUGCAUCGCAGACAUGGAUUGGUAGUGUAUACUUAUAGAAGGUGGAAAAGAAUGAUGGCUUCCUCAACAUUCUUCUCUGUGCGCCAUUUCAAAUGAGUAGAACGGCUAUAUCUUAUGUGUCAAUUAUUUUUUGUAGAGGUGGUAUUCAAAUCUCUACUCUUGAGCAGUAAAAGGCUUAGUGUAAGAGCUUUAACCCUUUUACUGGUGAGACUCAAGCUCACAUCUAUCUGAUUCAUUCUCCUUGAAAGGGGAAGUAAGAUAAACGUGUAGUAAAGAUAGCAGAAGGGGAGGAUGUUGGUGCUGGCCUCUGCCUCCACUUGCAGCCCUGCGGUUAGACAAAGCAGGCCUUGAGUGGUACUAGCUCCUAUUCAUUUAUCGAUAUGUUUUUCAACUGUAGUACGAAUUCACUGUGCUCUUUUCUACUUUAAUUCACAGAAGUAACUGCAGUGCACAUGUAUGCCUGGUGUGAUGCAUUUCAGAGUGCGUAACAUGUGGGAAACUCGCAACCAAUCAGUUUUUUUCCUAUCCAGAUUGGAAUUUUCUCAGAAGGUAUCAAAAAAGAAUGGAACAUAAUGACAUCAAUUCGUACAGAACAGUAUAAAGGUUCUCGGUUUAAUUAAGCAUUGUACCUAUGCGAGAGGGACAGAGUUAGAGGGGAAAAACUGCACAUCUGACUUGGUAACUUUAAUCAAAAAUCACCUUGUCUAUGUCGUUACCUUCAAUGAGAAAAUGGGUCAGAAAGCUUGUCCACUGGUUAGUGAUCUCAUCGAUUAUUCUAUUAUCUGAUCCUUCAAGUUGUAGUUUCCUAUCAUAAAUCAUAGGGUGAUGCCUAUUAUUCGUAAGAGAUUAUCAACUGUAUGAGGUGACUAUUUACCCCACUCAAGGUUUUGGGCUAUCUGAGUUGGAAUGAGUAAAUUACUAUUUCCAGUGUUGGAAUGUACAUUUGUGUAAAAAAUAUCUGUGAUUUUUCCGAAUACAUCUCAUGGAUUUGCUAAAGCAAUGACAGAAGAUAGGAAAAAGGCAUACGAAGCCUUCUAGGAAUUUUUGAAGCUCUCUAUUAUCAUCCUGGCGACACUGGAGAAGCCUGGUUAGUUGAAUGUAAUGAUACUUUACUUGUAUUAUGUACUCCAUUUUCUAUCUAUAUUCAUGGAAUACCUUUUCUUGAGUCAAAAAAGUUCCAAACUCUUCCUUUUUCAUGUUUGAACACUAGCCUUCUGAUCACCUUCUGAAAGCUUGUGCUGCUCUUUGAUGGAUGAUUGCACAUUUUUAGCAUCUUUUCAUUAUGCUUGCUUAGGAAGAUGCCCGUUUGAUUAAUCCAUAUCUGCUCAAUGAAAAGAUUCCUUCUGAGCGUUUUCCUGGUAGACGUGUUGACUAAAUGAAAACGGAACUCAAUUUAUGUUCUUAUUUGGUGCUAUGAAAAAUUACGGUUUAUUUAGCUAGCUCGUGCCAGCAUUUUUUAAUUAAAGUCGCAGAUGCUUUCUUUUUAUCAUUUGUGAACUCUGACACGUUUUAUUUUAAUAUGAAGGAAGCUUAUGAGGAGUUUAAGCAUGCUCUUCUCGCUCUUAUAUAUGAUAAAGAAGAUGAGAACUCUCCUGUGGCAAAUGAGGUAAUUUGUGUUGCAUUAUUUAUUUUGACUAUGUUACAAAUCCAACAUCUUCACUGCUCUGCUAUGUUCCAAUAAUGUUCGAUGGAGAUCCCAAAAGACGAGUGAUUAAUCGUACUGAAACCUUUACUGUAUCGUUAGUAAUGAUAUGUGCAAACCAUUAUUAGAGAAUUUUCUGAAGGACUAACCUUAGCACCUCAAAACUAUUAAUUGUCAGAAUUAUUGUUUUCUGAGCACCAGCUUGACAAGCAUGGACGAUCAGUAGCAUUCUGUUGUGCCUGUGCCUUAACAGUUGAAAAUGUCUUUUAUAUCCAUAAUGAUGUAUGUGAACAGCCAUUUGUGUAGCUGGAAAGAAGAUGAGUACGAGUUUGCAUCUGGCUUAACAUAAUGGAAAAUUGAGUCUAUCUGUGGGAUUAUUCCUUUUUAUUGGAUAUUUUAUUUUUUGGCCACAAUAUCUUCCCAUUUCAAGUGCACUUCACACACCAUUUUCAAUUGAUCUCUUUAAUAAAGACAAAUAUACAUAUCAGUUUCUGUGAAGAACUGCAAGGUGUGGAAUUGAUCAGGUGUGUCUAGUAGAUGAAGGACGAACGUUGGAACUCUUCAUUGUGGGAUUUACCAGAGCAUCUCACCUUGUCAUUUAAGUAGUAAGGUGAUGGGGAAUGGGCCAUUCCCUUGGUCAUCCUAAAAUCUCUGCUUCUAUUUCAAAAAAAUGUGGGGAUACUUUCAACCAAAUGGUUUACAGUCAAAUUUGAUGAAAGAUUGUUUGUUUCUUUGACUAAUGCUUUUACAUUGUGAUGUUGGUUACUUCACUUUAUAGAGCAGUCGUUUCGUGGCACAAGUGGGUUCUAACAUUAGUCCCAUUUUUUUGUUUUAGUGGUCAGAGAAGAGGAGGUUUGACACAGCAGGAUUGCUUUCAUCUAUUUUAAGAGCACAUCUGCAUUCCUAUGACCCAGUCUUUUCAAUGACAUUGAGAUACCUGAUAAGGUGCGAAUUACCAAUUUUGACUUGCAUACAAGUAUGAUAUAUUAUUCAUGUUCUUUCAUUUUAAUACUUCUUCAUUAUUAUUAUUAUUAUUUUUUGUCUUCUUGGAAAACUGCAGCAUUCACAAGGUUUACUGCUUUCGUCAAGGAAUUCAAUCUCCUAUUUCUGAUCUUACCCAGAGGCUUCUCUUUGAAGAUCGUGAUCCUCCAGGAAUACCCCAAGAAAAUUUGUAUGAGGCGCCACCGUUUGAUGAGGUAUUCUUAAUCUGUGUAUAUUUGGUUGAAUGUCUCCUAGUAGGUAUGAUUGUUACUUGGGAAUUAUCAGGUUGAUAUACAAGCCCUUGCCCAUGCAGUAGAAUUAACAAGACAGGGGGCAAUUGACAGCCUGAAAUUCGCCAAAGGCAAUCUGUACCAAGCAUUUCAGGUAAUUAUCUAUUCCGUUCAUCUAAUCAAUUGUUUUUCUCAGUGACAGUAUGAAAUGAGAAUAUGCUGCACCAUACUUGCGGUCCAUCUACUGUAUGCCUGUGUAUGAACUCAACCUUGAUAGGGAUUACUGGCAGUCUUUAUGAUAAUGUAUCUUUACCAACGUAAACUAUCUGCAUUCCACAUGCUGAUAAUUGAUGUUGACACUUCUAUUAAAUUUUCCUGUGGUUUGUGGCAAAGGAUAUGAAAUUUGAAUGUAAUAUUCCCAAAAGAAAGAAAAAAGAAAGUCAUUUUUGUUGGGUUUCCAUUACAAGUCCUUCGUUCAAUGGACAGGAAAGGGAAAUCAUUACGUUUCUUUUUCUGGGUUUACCGAAAAUGAACUAGAAGACAAAUGACUGUAAUGUCAUGGUUGUCUGAGUACCUGAUUGUGAUUAGGUUUGAUGUCUAUGACUGCUAUCCUUUUUUCUGGAGGAGUUUCCAACCUUGUAAUAGGAUGCCUAUCCUUCUUAGACAUAUUGUGCUCAAUUGUUUUGAAAUUGGAGAGUCCAACCUACUUUGAGGUAAUAGUUACAUCAUGUAAUGAUAAGGAAAACAAAGAAUGCAUGUACUAAUUGUCAAAACUUCUUAUCUUACAAGGUUGAGCUGGUAAACUACUGUCUAAGAGAAGAGCAGAAAUCAGAAGCUUAAAAGUGGCAAAAGAACUUAAAUGAAAUAAAUGCCGUAUUAAGUUCUGAUUUGACGCACUUCCAAAGUGAGGACUCAUAAUUUGAAUAUCAACAUCCUUGUCUGCUAAAUGGAUGAUUUGAUUUACUGUCUUGUUUGCCUUCCUUUUCCCUUGUUUUUAUGUGGGACUUGUUAUUUCAACUAGGUAUUUUCAUGUAUGUUUGUAAUGGAUUUUAUCUCGAAAACAUGCCAAAAUUAUGCCAUCUAACAAAAUUAUUCAUUCUGUUACUAUCCAUUCUUUCAGUUCUAACCACAAAGAAAUAAUUUAGCUACUCUAAAUGCCAUUGUUUUCAAUGAAGGGUUCUGUUUAACUCUCCUCCAUGUCUCCCAAUUUCACCAGAAUGAACUUUGCCGGAUGAACCUGGAUAUCGCCAUGCUAGAUGAGCUUGUUCGUGAAUAUUGCAUUUAUAGGGGACUAGUGGAUGGUAUUUAUUGUCAUCAUCAGUUGGCAUUGUAUUACAGAUAUACAUUUUUUCUAUCACUCCACUGAUCUUCGUCUUUUCUGUUUUGUUACUAGAGGCUCAGAUAUCUGGGCAUUGUCCAAGAUCUAGCUACCUUCUUAGUGGACAGAGUGCCUCAAGAGAUUGUUCAUCUCUGAUUGUCGACAAUGCAACUGGUAUACUUUCUGAUGGUGAAGCCUCUGGUAAUAUUAUGAAUUCAAGGGAAGGUUCUCAUGUAGUUGAUAUCAGUGCUCCAAGUGGGCAAGGUACUGAAGUAGAGCUGAGAUUCUUACCCGAUCCUAUGGACUACAAUGAAGCUUGCAGCACGAGCAAUGUGAAUCAGUCAGUUAGCAGCUUUAGAAGGUUUAGAAAGAUCAGAAGUCGUGGAGUGGGACAACGUAGCAGACAUAAGAGAUGGAAAGGACGUCUAGAAGUGCUGGAAAAUUUUCCUGAUGUCCCCUUAGUAGCAACUAAAGAACCUUAUGAAACUAAUAAAUCUAUGGUGGAGGAAGAACAGGUAUUCUCAUAGUGAUACUGAUAGUAUUCACAUUUCUGCUGGAUCUUUCCUUAAGUGUUCAUUACGCUAUUCUUAAUGACCUCCAGGUGUCUCUUAUCCAUUCUUCUGUAGAGCAUGCUGAUGACAAGGAGCAUAAGUAUGAAAUAAUUUUGGAACUAAGGGAACUAGCUAGUAAGGGGAUGUGUGCUGAAGUUGUGGAUGAAAUAACUGCCAUGGAUCCUGACUUCUUCUUGCAUAAUCCUAUCCUAUUAUUUCAGCUUAAACAGGUGAUUCCGUAUCUGAUGAAUGUAAUAAUGUUGUAUUGAACUGCAUUAUAGUUUUUGAUAUUCUUGUUGUUCACUUCUUUUCAGGCUGAGUUUCUCAAAUAUGUUAGUGAUGGUGAUCACUCAAGAGCCUUAGGGGUUGCAUGCUCUUAUUUAGGACCAUUGGCAUCCAAAACUUCUGAAUUGCUGAAACCUUUGAAAGAGACUCUUUUUACUUUACUUAAGCCUAAUGAAGAUGCAAUGUCCAAAUGCGUACCAUUUCCUACCCUUGCAGCAUCUCUACAGGUAAGGUCAUCUCAUAUGUUGACGUAUGCUGUAAACUGAUGUAUUUUUUUUGGCAUUACCUAUGGAUGAUGAACAUGUAACGAGUUUCUUUUUCGCCAGCUAAAAUUCCUAUUCGCACAUUGUAGCACUCAAUCCUUAACUCAGUCCUCUGUUUGCUUAGUACAUCAUUAACAUCAUUAAUUUUUUCAUGAGGUUGUAUCAUCUGAUUUUCUUAAGUUAAUCCUCCUGAUUGUUUUUCUGAAGCAAAUUAAACUGAAGAUAUAUUUUUCGUAAAAUAAGUGGAAAUUUAAUUUACAUUACCAUUCUCUCAUUGCUUGUUGCAAAUUUUCAGAAUAUAAACAGACCUGUCUAUUGUAUAUUAAUACGUGGAUAUUUCUUCUUAUUCUUCUAUGAGGCAUACCAGUCAUUUAAGCUCAAGUUCAAAUUCUUUUAGGUUGCACUGGGAGAGAGGUUCGGCAUUGAAGAGCCACAGUUGAUGAAGAUCAUGAGGGCAACACUCCAUUCACACAAUGAAUGGUUUAGGCUUCAGAUGUGCAGUGAUCGUUUUGAAGGGUUUCUAAAGAUUGAUUGUUUGAAGAACGUUGAUUCUUUCUUCAGCCAUCUAACAUCAAAAUUUGAUACUGAAAAUUGUACAGUUGGAUCUCAAUUUUCGGUAUCAUCUAGCAACAAGAUGGUAGACGAUGGUAGCAGCCCAGUUUCUGUUUCAUCUGACAAUGUUAUAUGCACUGAAAAUGCGAUUCUGAAGGUUAUGGUAAGUUGCUGAAUACAUCUGUUCUAUAGGUCUUAAGUUCUAACCAUUUUAAUUUCAGUCAAUGAGAUUCUCUGCUCAAUAUUUUGUCACUCUAUUCUUCAAUUUCAUGCUUGUUAGGAAUAACUAGAUGUAAAUGUCGGUUCAUCUGCCUUUUGGUUUACUGGUGAAGCUUUAAAUCAACUGUUUCCGAUGUGGAAUAUGCAUCUCGAGAACGGACAUUAAUUAACCAUAUGAAGUUUAUAUCUACUAUUAAAAGAAGUGACCCUGUUUGAUGUCCUUUCCCUACCGCUGAUCACCUAUCAUGGCGGAAUAGGAGCGAAGCAUCUCAGAUAUAGAACUGAUGGGCCCCGGAACUGGGGCCAAGUUGUUUGGAAUGAAACCUUCGUAAAGUAUCAGAAGCGAUGGAAAAAAGAGAGGGAGUCAAGGAAGCAGAGCCUAGAAUGUUAGCUUUUUGGAACCCCCACCCAAUUUGGGCGACAGACUCGUAGCCCUCAAACCUCUCCAGAGUUCUUUUGUGAAUCAGAUUUCAGGUUUUUGUCCUAACUGACACUGUGGGAACUCAAGGAUGUAAACUCACAUCUUCACUAACCUGUUUUUGUUUCUUUAUGGAGACUGUAAAACUGUGAGAAAGUGGAUCAUUGCUAAAUCUGGGAUAUGAUGAGUGUCUAAUCUGAAAAGAUAACGAUUUUGGCGAGAUGGUUCGUUAGCUAAAUUUAAGUUCGAUGAUUGGUUUCAUUUCCAUCUUUGGUGGCUAGUGUCAGCAAAAGUCUGGAUAGAUGUCAGUCAUCUGUAGUGAUUACAGUGGGGCGUAUUCGCCACACUCCAAAAGAGGGUAUUCUCUGGAAGUCUUAAAUGAGGUUUAUCUCCCCAGCAGAUUAAAAAAGAGUGGCCAAGAGAAAGUGGGAUGCAGAGUUUUAUCUUAGGAGCCCUGUUUCUUUCAUUUAUGUGAUCCAGUCUCUAGAUACCUGGUAAUCUUGUCUUUUGAGGAAUUUCGAAGCAUUCCCACUCCGUGUGCUCUUUUGUGGGUUCCUGUGCAUACAGGAAGGAACGGUCAGUGACAUUCUCCAUUUAAACAAUCUGCUUCAAGGACGUCCACCAGAAAUGCUAGACUUCAUCUAGUUAGCGACAUCAUUUUUCAUAAUCUCAGGCUCUUCAUAUCAGAUUUUCCUGAUAUUGUGCUUCUCUGGAUUUCAUGACAUUAUAUUUAUUUUGCUAAAUUCGAUUCCUUUGUUCUUGGUUACUUCAUGUGAUCUAGUGCCGCGUUUUUGGAACUAUAUUUUAAACUAGGAAUGUGUUGUGUACUUACAUUCUAUAUACCUGUGACCUAUGCAGGAAUUCCUUGCGUUGCCAAGAGCUGAUGCAAUCCAUCUCCUUAUGCAGUAUAAUGGGAAUGCGGAGACCGUUAUUCAGCAAAUAUUUCAAUAA